CCUUUGAUCCUGGUACGUUUUACUAAGAACGAGGUUAUAAACAUAAUUUAAUUUAUAUUUUAACUACUCUUUUGAUUACAUCAACAGAGACGAUACUAAAACCAUAAGAUAUAUUUUAUCAACUUGAAAAAUUACAUACUUAUUUGAGUACAUUGUAAAACUCAUGCUCGCGAGAAAUUUUUGACCUUUACCUUUGACCUUGACCUCUGGUAUUGAUAUCCUGAACACAUGCCACACGCGAGUGUGGUUGUAGAUAGAAGUUUGCUUUCAGAGAGACUAAACAGUGAGAGAUGUUACUGAAAGAGUACCGAGUAUGUAUGCCACUCACCGUGGAAGAGUAUCGUAUUGGGCAGCUAUAUAUGAUAACUAAGCACAGUCAUGAACAAAGUGAGAAAGGUGAAGGUGUAGAAGUGGUCAAAAAUGAACCUUGUGAAGAUACCAAUUAUGGAACUGGACAGUAUACAGAGAAAAGAGUCUAUCUGAACAGCCGCCUGCCAAGCUGGGUGCGGGCCCUCAUUCCUAAUAUCUUUUAUAUCACUGAAAAAGCAUGGAAUUUCUACCCUUACACCAGGACAGAAUAUACGUGCUCCUUUGUACCAAGAUUUUCAAUAUACAUUGAAACCCGUUAUGAAAACAAUAAUGGAAGCUCAGAAAAU